AGCGCUCGCAUCGUUCUGAGCCGGUGCGUAACAUCAUUUCGAAGUGCGGUGUGUGUUGGCGUUGAAGCAGACGUGUUUUAACUUGGGAUGCGUGAUUUUAGGAACGAGGAAGAUCUUUUUCCUUUUUCUAGUUGACGUCUAGCGAACUAAUUCGUUGAGAUGACAUUCUUUUUCUGUAUGAAAGCAAUGUCGCACAUUUGAUUUAUGACAGACUCAUCGUGAUGGAAGGGGGAGGUAACGCAGAAAGGGCAUGUGGAUGUGAUACGCAGAUCCCAGUGAGUGAAGGCUGUCGGUUGCGCAUUCGUAUGGACACUGAUGAAUGGGCUCUGGGAGAGGUCUUGCAAAUUCGGGAGAUUUCCGGCAUAAAAAGCUAUUUCAUUCGCUAUUUGGGACUCACUAUGCGGGAAGAUGAAUGGGUUAUGGAGGAUCGUCUGGAUCCGAAUGACGUGGACUGCCCUCGAGCAGCUCCCGUUCCCAUUUCUGGUGUGCCAGUAGAAUCUGGGAACACUGCGUCUCAGCAGACGCCUACAGGACCCGAUGGAGUUGUCUAUGAGAGCUUGACCCUCGAUCAACGUCUGCCAGUAAUACCAGCGUAUGCCAGUCUGGGGAGAGUGUGCCUGCACGACAAGAUGCCAACACGUCAGCAGAACAUAAGAAUGAUAGAACUCGGGAAGUAUCGCAUCAGGCCACUAUAUUACUCUCCGUAUCCUGAGAUGUUUGAAAAAGUGCCAUGUAUGUACAUAUGUGAAUUUUGCCUGAAACCAUCAAAGUCAAGGAGACGUCUUGCGCACCAUUUGGCUAAAUGUGGCUUAAGGCAUCCACCGGGGAAAGAGAUAUACCGAGAGGAAAGCAUCUCCUUCUUCGAAGUUGAUGGGCACGUGUGGAAGAAGUACGCCCACAACCUUUGCCUUCUGGGAAAGUUGUUCCUGCCGCAUCGCACGGCGGGACAUUGUGGGCCGGACUGGUUCAUAUACUAUGUGCUGACCCAUUCAGACUCCCACGGUUGCCACAUAAUGGGAUACUUCAACAGAGUUAAGGAGCCAUAUGCGUACGUCCACAGGUGUACUUCUGCUGUGACACUUCCCCCCUACAAAGAUAUGGGCUGUGGCAAGCUUCUAGCAGAUUUCACCUACAAGCUGUUCCCACUGGAUGCCCACCUGAGGCUGAUGGUGGAUGAGUGCCCCAUGCUGCUGGCUGGUAGCAUCUUCCAGAGCCACUGGUCCGAGACGCUGUUGGACCACCUUGUGGAUAUCGAGCCACCGCGUGCCGGUGGGACGCGUCCAGUCGUCGCUUUCAAAGCUGCACACAAGGGCCAGUUUCUCUUCUCGUGCGGAGCUUGUGGGCAGUCCGUUUGUGUGGCAUCAAACAUUUCGCACUUAGGUGAGUGGGACAACCGGCAGCCGUUCCUGUGCCAGUACUGUGGCGAGUCAUUUGUACGCCUUGCGAAUUUGUCGACAUUGAAAUGUAUAAAUCCGCUUGUCACAAAAUUAGGCAUUAGAGACAGUAAUCGGCACGUGCCGAAUCUCUCGCAGACCUCGUGUCAAAAAUGUUGAAGCCUAAUUUUAGUGACCUAUUAAAAAUAAGUCAGGUGAAGUUUGAAACUUUGUUGCUGCUAUUUAAUGAAGAUUGUGUAAAAGAUGCGUGAGGAGACCACUUUGAGAAGUGUGUUUGGGAUUUGAGUGUUUUCGUAUACUGCCUGUGUUUUGUUUAUGGGUAUCCCCCAGUGUUUUUGUACUUCAGUCAUUUAGAUUACAUUAGAAAUUGGAGCAAAGAUGGGUGGCAACAAUGACUAAUUAGUAAAAGUAUGCCCAUUUUUAAUGGGUAUUGAUGAACAGAAAGUAAAAAGCAAAUCGUAAAUACUCAGGGAAAUGUUAUUGUUAAAAUACAUGUAAAUAAUAAGAAUAAGUAGUUAGUUUUCAUCCUUCUCUUUUCCAUUGGAAAUUGGCUAAUAGGAGCAAUCUGUAAAGCUGUCGGACUCAGUCACUGUUGAUAAUUGUUCUCUGCAGAUAAACUGAAAGUCUGCCUAUAGUGAUUUAAGUACCGAAAACUGUACAAGCACAUUUGUAUUUUUAAUGCAAAUUACUGUUAGCAUAACACUUCAGACAACAAUAGUAUAAAAUAAACUUUUGGCUCGUAAUCUGGCUCUUUGGAGGGGGGGGGGGGGGGGGGAGAGAGAGAGAGAGAGAGAGAGAGAGAGAGAGAGAGAGAGAGAGAGAGAGAGAGAGAGAGAGAGUGUGUUCGCCUGUGAAAGCUUCACCACGAUUUCAGUCUCAUUUUUUGGUUGACAGCCUCUCAAUGCUUCUACUAUUGAGUAGUUUCCUUUGCUACUGCCAUUAUGUUUUUAAUCCAGUUGUAAAUAAAUAGUUAUAUAGUAAUCAUAAAGGGUCUUCAGAUAAAUAGGCCAUCAGAUCGCAAACAUACAUUCUCUCAGAAAUUUAAGAAGGAAACUAUAAUGAAAUUUAUGGUUGUUUAACACAAACACAAUAUUUUGUGAACUGUGGCUCUAACUUAGUCUAAAUUUCUCAAAUAUUUAUAACUCGGGUUACAUCUAUAUGUAGAUUUAGUAAAUCUCAGCAAAGAAAAUGUUUGUGCCUACUUGUAGGUCGGGCCAAAUACAGAUAACAAACAUCAUGCUAGGUCUUUGAUAAUGAGGUGGCUUUCUUCAGGAAGAAAUUUCUAAAACUGAACAAGGCUUCUUGCUUUCAACUUGGCCACAAGGUAUCAUCAGUUUACAGUUCUUAUUUUAGUGCUGCCUGGAACAUUUUCCACUUCACAUAAAAAGGAUUUCUGGAAAGCUUCUUGGUAUGAGCAUCCACCUCAUAGGACCUGGACCAAAAGUUCUAAUUAUUGCCCCCUUUCACCAUUUCAUGUUCAGUUCUGACCCUUAACAUU